AUGGCGGACAAAGACCUGCCUACGAUUGAGGAAAUCAAAGCAGCUUCAGAGCUUCUCAGUCAACCCAAUAUGUCCACAAAGGUGGUGAAAAUCAACGACAGGAUCGCGGUUAAAUAUGGAUGUGCAGUGUCCCUUUUAGAGGCAGAAACCAUGAAAUUCGUCGCUCUAAACAGCAUGGUUCCCGUGCCCAAGGUCUUAGCCGCCUUCGCCGAGGAAGAAACCAGCUUGAAAUUCAUCGUGAUGGAACUCGUCCCGGGCCGCACUCUUGAAGCGUUACUUCCUACUCUUAACGCUAAAGAGAAGGUGGAAGUUUGUACUCUAGUUAAGAAUGCAAUUGACGAGCUUCGAAGAAUCCCGGAACAAAAUUAUAUUGGGGGUGUGAACCGGCAGCCUUUGGACAGUGCAGUUUUCUGGGUGCCUGACCAUGAUCCCACCAUCUCUGGACCUUUCGAUACCGAGGCAGAUAUGAACGAAGGGAUGUUAAAGCAUCUCGCGCAGAAUAAUUCGGCCAUCUAUGUACAGUUUUUACGGGAUUUAAUAAAUGACACAUUACAUGGUCACAAAACUGUCUUCACCCACGGAGAUUUGCAGCCGAAGAAUAUCAUGGUCAACCGAAUUAGCAGCCCAGAGGAUUCUGAGAGUCGGUUCGAAAUCCACUUGAUAGACUGGGAGGCAGCUGCGUGGUACCCAGAGUAUUGGGAGUUUUGUAUCUCAACAUUUGGAUGCCGCAUUAGACACGAAUGGCUAGAGCUCACUCGAAAUAUCUUACAGCAGUAUCAUCGUGAAUAUCUCAUGAUGCAAGUUAUUUUCAGCAUUGCAUACUAUUAA